AUGCUGAUUGGCGAUAUACAAAUACUCAACAAGAAACCAAACUGGUGGGCGGAAUUCCGGCACCCCCUUGAUGCUCGAUUUCGUCACUAUCAUGCAUCGAGCGCCGCAGUGUCCGGUGGCGCUCCCCAGUCUUCGUCCAACGCUGAAUUGCCAGGCCAACGAGCAGAGCGAAUGAUCUGUUCAGAAAACAUGCACGCGACUGCCCCACAGACCAAGUCGUCAUCCUGUCGUCCUUCUGCCGCGUAA